AGUAGAGUGGACCUCCUGGGCAGGGAAGGUACUAGGUGUGAAGUAUGGAGCCCUCAGGGGAGGGCUCCUCUGGCUCCGCCUCACAAUGGUAAUAUGACACCUAGAUCUCCAGGGCAACCAACAACAAAAAAGCAGAAGCUGGACAACGGCUGGCUGUCAGCAGCCAAGAGCUCCUGUAAGAGGUGCCUGAGUGAGAAGCCGGGACAGGAAAGCGGCAGCGCUGCUGAAGCCGGCAAAGGUGGCAGCAAAGGACUGAGAGGACGCACAUAACGGCUCUCUUCUUGGGUACCUCUUCUUGGCUCCCCAAUAUCUGAGCUCCCAGGAAGAACCAGUUUGGAUGCUUUGGCACAAGACUGUCCCGGUUCCUUCUCACUCACAAGAGCUGAAGCUCAAAGGCUCCACCAAGGAACUCAGCUGAGAGCUUUGUCCAGGCCCUCUCUGGAAGCCGUGGCCAGCCUGACUCCAGUCAGGCCUUCUCUGAACACAGGCGCCCUAGCAACAUGGCAGCCACAGACUUUAAGGAGGAGAUUCGCUCUGUGGGCGAGAGACUGCUGCUGAAGCUGCAAGGACUGCCCCAGGCUGACCCCGUGGAGCUGGUGGCCUUCUCUAUCAUCCUUCUUUUCACAGCCACGGUCCUGCUGCUGAUGCUGCUGGCCUGCAGCUGCUGCUGUGUGCGCUGCUGCUGCCCCGACAGGAGACGCAGGAAGAUCCUCGUGCAACCCGUAAAACCCAGAUGAAGGACAGCAGUGUGAUGACCCAGGAGAAGCUGGACAGAAGCCUUCCCAAACUGUGACACAGACUAUCAUCCUGGCCACUUCUGGCACUGAGUUCUGGCACUGUCCAGGUGACAGACAGGGUAGACACCUGGAGACUUAUCAAGGAAACAAGUGUUGCUCAACCUGCCGAUGGACACCAGCGCUUAGAGGAGUCAACUGUUUCGAAAGCCCAAGAAAACGCUGAGGGCUUCUGCUGUACUUUUGAGGAGCCCCAUAUUUUGAACAGCUCAUGGUUGUGGGGAGGCUGGCCCUUGGGCUCUGCUGAUUUAUGCCAAAGAGAAGUAAACUGAUCAGGGACUUUGUGCAAUUUACUAAACUCCAAGCCUCCGUCUGAAGGGGAGGGAACAAGUCAGUAUUCUAGCUGAAAUUUGCUUACUUCCAAGUAAAGCUUUUUUGGUUAUG